AUGGAGGCAGCAGAGGAGGGAUACAGAGAAAUUUUGGAGCUCCUUAUUAGUAAGGGAGCUUAUGUGUCACUGGUGGGCGAUGACUGUGACACCAUUCUUCACAUAGCCUGUUAUGGAGGAGAGAUUGAGACGGUGAAGUAUAUCCUGUUUCUGAACGCAGUGGACUUCAACAAGAGUAGAGGAAUGAAGAACAGGACACCGGUUAUGGCGGCAGCAUACCCCGGAUACAGAGACGUGGUGGAGCUCCUUGUGACUAAAGGAGCUGACCUGUCACUGGUGGACGAUUAUGGUGACACUAUCCUUCACUUAGCCUGUCGUGGAGGAGACGUGAGCACGGUGAGGUUUCUCCUGUCUCUGAACGAGGUGGACAUCGACGCCAGGAACAAGAAAGGGCGGACUGCGGCCGACAUAGCGAGAGAGAAGGGAUAUCGCCGUGUGGUGAGACUGCUGGUGUCCCGCGGCGCUCACUGA